GGCCCAAUCCCAUCGAGCGCACGAUUGCCGUCCAGUCCGUAACCAGCACGAAAGCGUCGACACCCGGCUUCUGCCUUCGCUGCGUGCCUCUCUCUGCAAUCGGCCUUCUCUCCUGCCCGCUCCCGGAUCCUGCACCCACAGCUCGUCUCAGACCGUCGCCAUGGCUCAAGAAAAGACCUUUGUCGGUAUCUCGUUCGGCACCCUCAACUCCUCGGUAUCCAUCGUCGGCAAGGGCGGAAAGGGUGAAACUAUUGCAAACGAGGACGGCGAUCGCAACAUUCCCACUUGCGUCGCCUUCACGGAUUACGAGGAGCUUGUCGGCACCCAGGCCCGUGUCCAGGCCAACUCCAAUCCCCGUGGCACCAUCUUCCAGUUCCGAAACCUGGUUGGCAAGAAGUACGACGAUACCGAAGUGCAGAAGCACAGCUCGAAGCUUCUCGCCAACAUCGUGCCCUUCCCUCAGGACGAAUCCCUGCCUGCCUACGAGGUCGAGACCACCCCCGAGGAGGACGCCCAGCCCGUUACCUCUCAUUACACCGUUGCCGAUGUCACCGCCAAGUACUUUGCCAAGCUGAAGGAGACGGCCGAGGCCUACCUGGGUCGCUCGGUUGAAGGCGUCGUUGUCUCCACCCCGGUCCACUUUGAGGAGCACGAGCAGAACGCUCUGCGGGAGGCUGUUGUCCAGGCCGGCUUCGAGACCGUCCACCUCGUCCACGAGCCCGUUGCUGCCGCUCUGGCCUUUGACUACAACGCAAAGGAGAUCGGCAACCAGUCCACCAAGCAGGAUCGCACCAUCCUGGUGCUGGAUCUGGGUGCCCACCAGUUCAAUGCCACCCUCCUGGACAGCAGCAACGGCCUCUUCUCCAUCGUUGCCACCCACGACGACUAUGCUCUCGGCGGUUCGCAGUUCGACGAGGUUCUGCUCAACUUCUUCAAGGACGAGUUCCGAAAAAAGACCCGCAUCGAUAUCUCGGACAACCGCAAGGCCGUUGCCAAGUUGAGAGCCGCCUGUGAGCAGACCAAGCGCAUGCUCUCGCAGAAGGACAGCGCCCCCUGCCACGUCGAGUCGUUGUACGAUGGCAUGGACUACAACGCCAACAUGAUCCGCGGCCGCUUCGAGACCCUGGCCGAGAAGCUCUUCACGCGCUGUGUCGAUGUUGUCAAGAACGUCCUGAAGGAGGGCGGCGCCGCCCCUACUGAGGUCGAUGAGGUUCUCUUUGUCGGCGGCAGUGCCCGUAUCCCCCGCUUCCAGUCGGUCAUCCGCAGCCUGUUCGAGUCCGAGACCGUCUUCCGCACCGAUCUUGAGCCUGAUGAGGCCAUCAGUGUCGGCUGUGCCACCCAGGCUGGCUUGAUCGCCAGCCAAGAGUCCGAGUACGACUCGGCCAUUGCCACCGAGGAGGUUGUUCGUGUUCCCCACCUGAAGAAGAGCGUCGGUCUCGAGGGUGCCGAUGGUGUCUUUGUUCCCAUCAUCCCUAAGCGCGCCGCCAUUCCCGCCCGCCGCACGAUCGAGGCCUCCAACGCCGUCGCCAAGCAGUCCGAGAUCUUCCUCUCCGUCUACGAAGGUGACCAUGCCCAAGCCCAGGAGAACACUCUGUUGGGCCAGAUCGUCCUCUCGGAUCUGCCCGAGGCCUCGAAGGUCGGCGAGCUGCGUGUUCAGAUCACUUUCCAGAUCGAGCGCGAUGAGAUCUUGACCGUCGUCGCCAAGGAGAAGACCCAAGGAAAGGAGCUCCGCGUCAAAUUCGACAAGAUCACCCAUCAGCACAAGUGAAUUCCUGCAUAGUUUCCUCCCAUGCAACUCAUAAGGCAUAAAAUACAUCUCUCUUUUUCUCCUCA